AUGCUCGAUACGACGCUCGCCAAGAGCUGGCUACAGUCGUUGUUGGAGCUGCCUGGCACCGCCAACGCCCACCAUCUACUCACUCGGCCCCACUCAUCGUCGCCUUCGUCCCUUCCCCGAUAUCCACCACUCGCCAUCCUCACCUUCCUCAUGCCCGUCUCCCUCCAAGCCUUGCUGCUGCACCCCAUUUUCCCAAGAGCCAUCUCAACCCCGGCUAGGCUGCUGCUGCUGCCCUUGGGGUUCUCCUACGCCGCGCGCUCGAGCUUCGAUUAUGGCUUUGAGCCGAGGGAGGUCUCGGUCGGCGUCAACUUCGUCGUCGGCGUCAUGGGGGCCUAUGCCAUCAUGAAGAGUGAGUGUCUGGCAGAUCUUUAAUUUCAUCGAGCAGCCGAAGGUUUUGCAGGCCUAAUCACUUUCAAUUUCCCGUAUGCAGCCCUCGAGUUUGCCUUUGUACAAGACCUGUCACCGUAUACAUGGGUUGGAUUUGACGAACGAGGAUAUACCCGUCAACACUCUCUCGCCGAGACGAGCUCCAAAAAUGGCCACGGCAAGCCUAGCAAGGUGGAUCCGACUCGCCAGCGCAAGGAGCAACUCGAGACACUACGUCGCAAGGCCGCAGAGAAUGACUCGCCCGUUCAGAUUCUGUCCUGGACACUCCACCUCCUCGUGUCGAUGCGGGGGAUAGGAUGGGCGUUCGGACCCCCACCUCGAUGCUCGGCUCGACCUCACCCAAUGAGUCACGUCAAGUACCUCCGACGAGUGCUACUCGACCUGGUCUGGUCCCACUGUACCCUCGUGACAUGUUCGUACAUCAUCUUGACGCCCCAUUCGACCCGAGCGAUCGCGAUUGCACGUCACUUUCCUUCCUUGUCGGUUGCCCGCGUCGAAUCAUUAGCCUUUUCGUGUGCUGCGCUCUCGCUCGGCGUGGCUGCCCUCGCUGGAUUGACCCUCGGCUUCACAUGCGCCUCGUUAAUGUUGUUCACGCUGACUGGACUACUCCGCAUCAUCUUACCUACACGCCUGCGACCGCCACCUUUCGACCCGCGCCAGUAUCCCCAACUGUUCCAGAUUCGUCUCCCGACGAGCGUGGCUAAAUUCUGGUCGGAGCAGUGGCACUACUUCUUCGCACGGCCCUUCAAGGUCCUCGGAUACGAACCAACGAUGGCUAUCGUCUCACCUAUUUUAGGGAAGACCAUCGCUCAAGUCGCCGCCGUCAUAGCUGUAUUCGCCAUCAGUGCUUGGCUGCACGAACACGCCUUGUGGUCGGCGCUGCACACCUUCCACAUCUCUAACCCCGCUCAUCUACCAUGGACAACACGGUGGGGUUCAAUCAUUUACUUUUUAUCACAAGGUGUGGGUGUCGUUGUAGAAGGGGUUUUCACUUCGAUGACGAAGCGAAAGGUGGGAAAAACCCUGGGAGCGGUGUGGACGCUGUUCUGGAUCGCGGCGCCGGGAGUGCUUCUUUCGAGUUGUUGGUCAGUGCGUUGCCUUGAUUGAUUCUCUAUAAGCCUAGGCGCUGACCACACUCUUUUUCAUGAACCAGGCUCGAGAUGGGCAUCGCUCAAGGUAUACCCCGACCGCAACACUGGCAAGGCCCGUGGCGUUAUGUCAUUCCCAUCGCAACACUAUUCCCCGGCCCUCUGUGGUCUACACAAUAA